GUGAAAGAAAGAUAACUCACGAACACUUCCUGCGUGGUAUUGACAUUAUGGCUUCUGCAUGCCGUCCUCUUUGGUUAGGGAAGAAUUGGACGUUUAGAGCUCGACAACAAUGCCGCUGCUUAUGUACCAAGAGAAAUCUUACCAAUUCAGAUGUGCGGCAAAAACGAAGUGCAUUGUUUGAGGAAGAAAAGAAAAGGCAGUUUUCUUUAGUCACUCGUAUUGAAAAAAUUGAGGUCCAGUACAAAGGAACACCUGAAGACACUACAUUAGUGAUGAACAAAGGACUGUCAACACCUUUCAAUUGUGCUAUGCAUAUACAAGAGCUGUUGACGUCACGAACAGCACUGGCUCUUGUUGAUGGUGAACCAUGGGAUAUGCAUCGUCCAUUAAAUAAAUCCUGCCAGCUUCAGUUUCUGCAUUUUCAGGAUGAAGAUCCCACUAUCGCCAACAAUGCUUUCUGGAGGACAUGUUCCUUCACCUUGGGCUAUGUCUUGGAAAAUGCCUUUAAAGACCAAUACUAUAUAGAACUUUGUAGUUUUCCCAAGCCUAAUGUAAAGAGUGGCAGCUUUAUCUAUGAUGCUGACCUCAAGUUUGACAACUGGAAACCCUCAAAAACAGAACUGAAUUGUCUGAGUCGGAUUGGUGCCAAGCUGUACCACAGUGACUUGCAGUUUGAGAGGCUUGACAUUGAUGCUUCUCUGGCUGCAAAAAUUUUUGAGGACAACCGGUUCAAGUCUGCACAGAUCCCUGCUAUUGCUGCAAAGUCAGAAAGCGGAUCAAAAGUUACAGUGUACCGCAUGGGUGACCAUGUGGACAUCACAGCAGGACCUCUCAUUUCCAGCACCAGCCUCAUUGGGCGAUUUACUGUCACUGCAAUUCAUGACAUCGAGAGUCCAACACUGGGUCCAUUGAAGCGGGUUCAGGGUGUGGCAUUACCAACACAGUUGAAGAUGCACUAUUGGACUUACGACAAUAUUCUGGUGUCCAGGGGGGCUAAACUGAAUCAUGCACCUUUUCCAUUCCUGAGCAGUCGAGAGAGCAAAACAAAACAAGUUGCUUAUCUUGAAAACUAGCAAAGUGGACUGUCGUUUACAUGUGUUCAUGAAAGUUAUGCUUUGCCAGAUAACAGCUGAGCACAGGUACAAGAGAACAAGCCUUUGAAAGGGAGAGAAAUGCUAUUUGCUCUGUGUAUACACUUGAGUAGCCAUAGGACCCAGCUCAUAGAGAAUGUGUAAGUGCACGUAUGUGAAUGCAGAAAAGACUGAAGCAUGCAUGGUUUAUAUCUUCAGUGAUUAAACAAGAAAACUCUUGAAUACA